AUGUUCCCUUCACUGGAUAACACUAGUGCGAGUGCUUUAGUGCCUGUGCCAUGCACACACACCACCACUUGCCCUGCCACCACCACCACAUCGCCAUCUCUUUCUAUCUCUCCUGUUCACAUUGUUCCUCAUUGCGCAUCCAAGUUCACACUUCCUCGUUUUUCACCAUCACCACACACACUGAAUUCGUCCCCAAUCUCUUUCCCUUUCCCCACUUCCUCCCCUUCCUCCCCUUUCGCCCCCUUCCUCCCCAUCCUCUUUCUCCCCGCCACCAACUUGCACCUCUCUGCAUGCAGGUGCGCAGAAGCAGGGCAUGAGCACGCAGCAGCUGAGCAGCCUACUAGAGCCAUACUACUGGCAGUGGGGGCACGACUGGCGGUAGCAGGGGCAGCGGCGGCAGCAGCAGGAGGAGAAGCAGAAGCGGCAGUGGGACACGGCGUAAGGGGAUGGCAAGCCCUGCAGCACCUCGUUCGCCUCCUCCCCGACCCCGCCACCCUGCCUCUCUCCACCCACCUGCUCUUCCACCUGCUCUCACACGCCUGCCUCUGCGCCAUGCCGCGCUCCUCCCUGCUCUUCCUCUUCCAAGCUGCCGAACACACCGCCUCACGAGGGAUGUCGGGGUUGAAAAGCAUCGUUUCCCCUCCCCAUCCACCAUAUCCAAGUGAGUGCAUGCUGCCACCACAUCCUUUCUCCCACAUCCCUUCCCCCACAUCCCUUCUCCCACAUCCCUUCUCCCACAUCCUUUCUCCCACCUCCCUUCUCCCACCUCUCUUCUCCCACAUCCCUUCUCCCACAUCAUAUCAGGCUUCACGGUUCAGACGCUCACGACUCCCCCUCCGUCCCCUCCUUUCUCCUCCGUUCCCGUCUCUUCCCGUCCCUUCCCGUCCCUUCCCGUCUUUUCCCGUCCCUUCCCGUCCUUUCCCGUCCCUUCCCUCCUCCUCCUCCUCCCUCUCCCUUCCCUUCCCGCUCUCCCCACUUGAGCUUCUCCCUGUCAACGGUGAUCGCAACGCGGCAGCAGCGUCGGACGAGGGCACGGGCCCCAUGCGGACCUCUCGUUCCUCCCUAGCGGCGCGCUCUCCUUCGUCCCCAUCCUCUGCCGCCUCUCGCCCCACUCCCGUCACUACUGGAGAUGAACGCGUGUGGGCCCAGCCACUUGCUGCCGCUGCCGCAGCUGGCCUCCCAGCGGGAAGAGAAGAUGGGGAGCAGGAUGAAGAGCUGCUGACAAGGGAGGGGAUGAAGCUCACGCCAGCUGGCCUCCCAGCGCCGGCAGCACCUCCUGCAGCUCUGCCCGCCCUGCCUGCACAUGCUCCCAUUCUCCCCUUCACACACUCCCGUUCACUUUCACCCAACCUGCACUUGCUGCCUCCCACCAACCUGGUCAUUCCCCAUCCGCCUCCCUCCUACUUCCCUCUCAUACUCUGCAUUCUUUCUCAUUCACCCCUCCAACCCCUCCCCCCUUUUCUCCCUUCCCCCCAUCAGUUGCAGCGCCCUGCCGCCCUCCAACGACACCAGAUCUGGACGUUACGGUAA